AUGUCACCCACUGCAGCAUGUUCAGAAGCCAGAGAGGAGCUAAUAGCUUGUUUACUGAGGACUGAUUGCGUAUUGAAAUCAGGUAGAUCACCAACGGAAUGUUUACAUCAUCCUCAAGAAUUACCAAUACAAUGUCAACAUUUGAUAGCCAGAUUUGCAGAUUGUAAAAAAGGAAUGCUAGAUAUGAGAAGGCGUUUUCGUGGAAAUCAUCUUUCCGAAUCAGCAAAAGCAAAUGCAAGAGGAGAAAUCUUGAAUCAAGGAACAGUAGAUAUCAUACCUGAUAGAACCGCAGAAGAGGAUCCCAGGAGAAGAUGA